ACGGUCCGCGAUGUCGAGCAUUUUAGUCACUACGGCGCCACGGCUCAGGGUGAAGGGCAAUACGAGCGCCAACCCCUGCAUGCCUAUGGGAAAAGAAAACUAAGCAAGCGGUUACCCGGAGUUGGAGGCGCAUGUCGUAGAAGGAGAUGA